AUGAAUGUCGACGACAAUGGUAACUCUUAUGCAGAGAUGCAGGCCGUCCCUUUCACUCACUCUGAGUCUAGUGCACCAUCCGAGCAUGACAUUGUGGGGGAUGAGUACGGGCAGAUUCCGGUUAUCAUGAGCGAUGGAGAAGGCAAGGAAUUUAUGGUACAUUUUGCUGACGAUCGUGAUAUGGAGAAUAUCGAAGAGGAACUCGAACUCGGAGUCGGAAACGAGGGUCUCAAGAUUGGUUAUCCUCAUGACGACCGGAGCACGGAAACACCUGAGGGACGCUCGUGCAAUCCGAUACCAGAUCAAGAAAGAUUUCUUCCCAUAGCCAAUGUUGCACGUGUCAUGAAGCGAAUGAUACCGAGUAGUGGGAAGAUUGCGAAGGACGCUAAAGAGUGUGUUCAAGAAUGUGUUUCCGAAUUUAUAUCAUUCAUAACUAGCGAAGCAAACGAUAAGUGCAUGAGUGAAAAAAGAAAGACAAUAAGUGCGGACGACCUUUUGGAAGCGAUAAACAAUAUGGGAUUCGAUAACUACGUGGCUCCUCUUCAGUUAUUUUUGGAGAGGUAUCGAGCAGCUCAUAAAUUGAGUCCUGGCUUCAGCAAUUCAAAUACUUUCUCAAGAACCUUCAGAACCUCUUCGAGUGCGGCACUCAGUCGAGAAUAUUCAUCUCGAGCUAUGAUGACGUCAUCGCAGCCGACUUCCACGUCCACAGUAGCUACACACUCAUACCAGGCGACGACAUCAUCUCAUGGAUCACCUGACCUCGCACCGAGUACGUCGUCUUCUAACGGAGCUCCAGUUGUACUUGCCAGUGGACUUGCUGGAAUGUCUGUAACUGCAUUACAGCAACAACCUAUGCAAAUUUAUAUCGAUCCAGCAAGCAAACAGCAUUACAUGGCAAUCGAAACUGAACAAGGAAUGCAGCUAUACCCAAUACAAAUACAAACUGAUGGCCCUGUCGCGUAUUCUUUUGCCCCGGAAGUGUCCACAGCAGUGUCGUCCAAUGCUGGCUCUGGCAAUCAGACAUUCAUAAUGAUGGCUGCGGCAGACGUGGAUGACCCACAUGCUAACACAUUGGCCGCUCAAUCAACUUCACGUGGGCAGUCGACGGCAACGAAUAGCUCACCGUCUUGUGCUGAUCAAGCAUUAAGAACUCAUAGCCAUAGCGACUUUAACCGCCAUCAACCUCGAACUACACCUACAACAGCCAAUUUCGUCAGCCAUGCUGCGCACAGUGAAACGGCUCGGUCCGCCUCUCAAAAGCGUCACGGGCCUGCUGGCGGCAAAGGUAAUGGAGGAAAAGCAAUAGCACCGUCGAAGCGUGUUCGUCAUACCUGA